AUGUAUCAUGUUUGGGUUGUGUGUUGUAGGUGGAAGCAAAGAUUUCACUACAGAAACAACUUCAAAUCUUCACUUUCAUUAGCUGAACCUCACCUUCGUCAUCAUAAUCUCCAUUUCCUAUAUAAAUUCUGAUUUUUUUUCUUUCAAAAUGGGAGAAAAUGAUGAUCACAACAACCAUUGUAAUGAAGAAACAGAAUCAAAAGAUGCAAAAAGAAGCCUGGCUGAGAGAAGAGGGUUCAAUUCAAAUGCUGCAAAAAUCAAUACAGCACUGUUUUGUAGUGACACUACAACAAACCCUUCUCCUUCUCCUGCUACUCAUCUCACCAUUCCUCCUGGAAUCAGUCCCACUGCAUUGCUGGACUCUCCUAUUAUGCUUCCAAAUUCUCAGGCAACACCAUCAUCUCCCACCACGGGGAGUUUCUUCGUGAUGUCAACUCUUCUUCCCUAUUCUGCUUUGAAUCAGGUUUCUAGUAAUUUCCACUCGGUAAAGGGAGGGAAUAGAGAAAGCCAACUACCUCCUCAAGUUCAGUCACCAUUAGAUUUUUCAUUCCCAGCAGAUUUUUCAAAAGGGCAUUCUGUGAAAAAUAGUGAAGUAAAUUCAUACAAUGAUAUGAAAAUGGUAAAUGAUAAGAUUGUUAAUGGCAAUAAUGUUGAGAAGCCAAUCUCUGGCACUGAAGAAGUAAGCGAUGAAAGUGCUGUGCCGAAAAACGGUAUCAACAGUGAGGAUAUUGUAGGACAACCUGCUUCAGAAGGAGAACUGAAAGAAGCAUCUCAUGCAACAGGAGUGGUAAGGACCUCAGAGGAUGGUUACAAUUGGAGAAAGUAUGGACAAAAACAGGUAAAAGGUAGUGAGUAUCCCAGAAGCUAUUAUAAAUGUACACAACCUAAUUGUCUGGUCAAGAAAAAGGUGGAACGAUCCCAUGAUGGUCAAAUUACAGAAAUCAUCUACAAGGGUAAUCAUAACCAUGUAAAACCACACUCUAGUCAUAGAGGAUCUGCACUUUCUACAGAUGAGGUUUCAGACAUGGCUGAAGAAGGUGCAUUGGCUAAAGUUGAUGGUGGGUUCAUGUGGAGAAAUAUUCAGUCAGGAAUAAAAGAUUCAAAAAACAGUUUAGAUUGGAAGGCCGAUGGUCAGGAAAGGACAUCACCAACUUCUGGUGUGACUGAGAUUUCAGAUCCUAUAUCAACCAACAAAGCUAAAUCUCUAUCCAUGUUUGAAUCGGAGGAGACUCCAGAGCUUUCUUCUUCACUUGCUAGUCAUGAUAUGGAAGAAGAUGGAGCCACUCAAGCAAUUGUUGAAGAUGAAGCUGAGAAUGAUGAAUCGGAACCUAAAAGAAGAAAGAAAGAGAACUAUGCAGCUGAAUCAAAUUUGCCCCCUAGGUCUGUUCGUGAGCCAAGAGUGGUAGUCCAAAUUGAGAGUGAUGUGGACAUACUUGAUGAUGGUUACCGCUGGCGUAAGUAUGGACAGAAGGUUGUCAAAGGAAAUCCAAAUCCUAGGAGCUACUACAAAUGCACAAGUGCUGGGUGUAUGGUAAGGAAACAUGUGGAAAGGGCUUCACACAAUCUAAAAUAUGUUCUUACUACUUAUGAGGGAAAACACAAUCAUGAAGUGCCCACUGCAAGAACCAACAAUCAGAUAAACUCAAGUGAUGGUGGUUUACACCCCAAUGGUGUCAAUGGGCAAGUGGGUCUUGCUUUACCAGGGAGUGCUGGCAUUAAGCAUGAGACUCAUCAAACUCUUGCACAUCAUUUUGAUAGAAAACCUGAAUUCAGCAAUGAUUUUCUCAGGCCUAGUUUGAUUGGAAGUUUCGGUAGUGACAUGAAGUUUCCUCCUUCUUCCCUUUGCCAAAUGAAGUAUCCUUCCUUGAAUAACACCAUGCCUUAUAGCUCCUAUGGACUGAACCCUGAUCGUUGUGCUGCACCUCAAUCUGGAUCCAUUUCCUCAAUGUUCCCUGAUUUUCCAAUGCCACUACCAUUGAAUCUUCCCUCAUCUGGAAAAUUUUCAAUUGCUGGACUUAACUUUAACUGUGCCAAACCAAUAAAUCCUAUCCAAUCUUUCCUUUCUGGACAGCAAGUGAAGGACAUUGAUGCAGUAUUUCUGAGGCCUAAGCAGGAACAGAAGGAUGAUGCUAUAUAUGGCUCCUGCAUCCCCUCACUAGAUGCAAAUGCCUCACUCUCUUCUUCAGCACCACCGUCCAUUUAUCAACGAGUCAUGAAAAAUUUCCCUUCAUAAACUCGUUUUACAGCUAUUAGAAACACCAGCAGAUGCUGAGUUUUUUGUUUAGUAUUCCAGUGUCUUCCCUCCUGUUAUAAAUCUUCAGUUGUUUUGUUAUUGCUGAAAAAAGCUAUAAUCUCUUUAUACAAAUUGCUCACCAAAGUUCUUGGUAAGAAAAUUUCUUUUCCUA